CUUAUACUUCUCGGACAAUGUUGAGUAAGGUGGUCAGGAACCACCUAGCAACUGAUCUCUGUUACACUUCUUGCUCUUGUGUGAAUGUGUCAGUCAUGCCUAAAGCAAGGCAACGAUGCUAGAGCUUACAUAAUCCAAUAACGAGGCUUUAGCGCUUUUCCGCGAGUGGGUUUAUGUUUGGGGAGAAACCUUCGAUAUGUUUAUCAAAGAAACUUCGGCAGUAUCGAGCGCGAAGAGCUAAGGUAGGCAGAUGGUAGUUUGCCCAGGGUCUAGGGAGUCAAUUCAAGUCCCCAGAUAUCUGCACCCUGCUUCAAAGCUUUCAGACUCUACUAAUUUACGGAUUACCAACAAUGGACGCCGCAGGGGCGGGUGUAUCCCCUUCCAUCGCAUUCUCUGAGGAUGGUGACUAUGUGGCACAGCUGAAUGGCAGAGAAUUGGCGGUCCAUCUCAACCCCACUUCCUCAGAUUUCAAGGAAGUGCAAGUUGUGAGGCUCAAAGAGAAUGCCUCGAAAUCCCUCAAAUUCUCCCGCUCCAAGCCUGUCCUGCCAUCAAGCACACAUUCCUACGGGGGGGUGAGUCUCCCGGAGAGACGCCUGCUGUGUGCCAGUGACACCCGUGUCUCCGUCUGGCGGUUGGAUUCGUUGCAGCUGCACGCGGAGAUCGAGAGCAUCGAGCCCGGAGCCACCUACAUCGACUUCGGCGGCGACGAGAAUGAAAUCAUCUACUUCCACGCGUGGAACACUAAGAUCACCAUUUUUGGGCUGGACACCGGCCGCAGCCAGAUCAUCAAAGCGCCCAAAUUCUCGACUACCAAUGGUUUCGGGUACCGACCGAAAACGAGGCAGCUGGCGGUCCUCCUCAAGCCAGAUGCUGCUGACCUCCUGACGAUUCACGAGUUCGAGUCGUACGAGCUGAUCAGCCGGGCAAAUUUGCCGACGGUGGAUGCUCAGGGUCUGAAGUGGAGUCCAGAUGGGAGGUGGAUCGCCGUGUGGGAUGCUGCAAGUGCGGGCACGAGAGUCCUCAUCUUCACGGCCGACGGGCAGCUUUUCCGAACGUAUACGGGCCUACCAGGAUCGGACACCUCUUUUGAUUUGGGUGUUCGAAGUAUCGAGUGGAGUCCGGUUUCAAGUGCACGCGGGGUCUCUGAGGUUCUGGCUGUCGGGAAGGUGGAUGGAUCUGUGGAUCUUUUGAAAAGUACAACUUUUUCCUGCUCUACGACUCUUUCGCACGUCUUCCAGAUUGAACAGAACUCGCCCAGUAUCUGGAGAGAGCGACCGACUGAAGACGGAACGCUAGAGUAUGCUGAGGCGUCGAGCUCUUCGGCGUUUGGUGCCAACGCGGAAGUCUCUGGCCCGCCCCGUGGUGUAAUUAUUAUGGCGUUCAGUGCUAGUGGCGCGCUUCUCAGCACUGUCGACCAAACACGGCCAAACAUUGUCUGGAUCUGGGACUUGGAGUCCACGCCGGUCCUGCUGUCUGCUCUGGUCCACGAACACAACGUCAGGCAAGUGUUAUGGCAUCCUACCAAGUCACAAUUACUCAUCACCACUGCGAAUCCCGGAUACUCUGCCGUCCGCUACUGGUCACCCUAUAGUCAGCCUCUCACAGUUCGCAUACCUAUCCCUCGAACUGAGACCGGCAAGUACGAUGCGAGAUGGAUGGCGAUAGAUGAAGACGAGGACUCAAGGUUUUGGUUCGGUACACCGGAGGACUAUGUGCUUGGCUACAUUGAAGGGAUUGAUGAAGAGCCCCAGUUUCAUGUCCUUAAUACAAUCCGCGGCAAGCUCGCCUCGAGCGGCUGUGGUCCGUCGGCGAGCCGCUGAUUCGGAUGGAUGGACAUUCGGACUUAUGGCGUGAUGAUCUAUGCUUUACGAAACUGUAUUCGGCUUUCUGAGCGACUGAGCGAUUUUUGGAAGUGGUCAAACUUGACGUGUUCUAGUAUAAGC